CGUCUCUAAUUUUAUCUCUUGUUCGCUGCAGCUACCAAGCCGACGAGAGAGGGAGAGAGAAUUCUGAUCUUCAAAGGUCUUUCGAAGAGAAUGUCUGGUGAUGAGGCUGCUCCCGCUGUUACCCCAGUUGCUGAGGCAGCUGCCAUCCCUGAGGACAUGGACCUCAUGACUGCAUUGGAGCUGACCCUUAGGAAGGCACGUGCUCAUGGUGGUCUGACCCGUGGUCUUCAUGAAUGCGCCAAGCUCAUCGAGAAGCGUGUCGCUCAGCUGUGUGUGUUGGCUGAAAGCUGUGACCAGCCCGACUAUGUCAAGCUGGUCAAAGCUCUUUGUGCUGACCAUAACAUUAACUUGCUCACUGUUCCAGAUGCCAAGACCCUUGGUGAAUGGGCUGGUCUCUGCAAGAUUGAUUCUGAGGGCAAAGCCAGGAAAGUUGUUGGAUGCUCCUGUGUUGUGGUAAAGGACUAUGGUGAGGAGACAACUGCCCUCAACGUAGUGAGGAAGCACCUAGAGUCUCACUAAAUCAGGGAGGAAGCAUUCCAUGUCGAAUUCGGAUAAUGGUUAUAUGACAAUGGAGAUGCUUUUUUCUUGGUUGUGGCCCUUUAUCUUCCUCUUGUUUACUUGGUUUCAAUCUUUGAUCCGUAGUGGACGUUUCUGAGAUUUUGUCUGGAACCAGAUUUUUUGUGUUAAUGCUACUCUUUCCUCAAGACCCAUCAGACAGCCUUUUUUUUGUUCCUAAAGUUGAAUGCUUUGUUUGCUCGUCUUAAA